CUCAGUUUGUACAUUUUUAAUAUCUUUCCUCAGUUCUUCUAUUCAUAUCUUUUUCCUCUUAGACCAGCAGAAGAGGCAGAGGGAGAGACAUGAGCGGAAAGGAGUUCAGGAUGCAGUUUAAGAAUCCUUCAACCUGGCAUAACUGAGAUUGAUUUCCGGGUCACAGACAGGAGUAGUACGACGGCUGAGAGGAGAGACAAAAAACAGAGAAAAAAGAAAAGCCCACAGAGGGGGGCUACAAGACAGGCAUGGAAUUUACAGGGAGAAAAAGAGUUCAGUGAGAAAACAAAGGGGGGAAAGUGAGAGCCAGUCGUCCUGGUCCUGCUUGGAGAGAGACGACGACGACAUCAGAAGCACGGCAUUACGGGGAACACCAUGCAUCUUAUGCUGUCAAGACGAGUGGACGCUCACAUUUUUUCGCUUUGUUGUUUUUGAUUUGCGUUAUUUUUGUUGCGUCUUUUCUUUCUUUUCUCCCCUCCUCCUCCUUUUCACCCAAUCUCUGACGCGCAAGGACACUACAGCAUCCAUCCACGGCAGAAACGCUCGCAUAGAGCAUCCUCUGUACAGACGCACCAACCAUCCUCCUCCUUCCUUCCUCCCACUCUCCUGCUCUUCUCUUUUGUCGUUCUGUUCUAACCCAGAGGACAUCGGGACCUCUUCUAUUUCCCCACUUUGCCCGGAGACAUGGAUCUAUGGUUUCAUUCGAUCCGGAUUUGCUGGUGGAGGGUUUUGUUUCUGAUGAGUAUUUUCCAGGACUAUCUGAGCUCCAUGCUGGACUGCCCGCCGACCUGCAGCUGCUCUCAAACAGAGAUCUUUUGCAAUAAGUCCGACAACGGCAGGUUUUUCCCUUUACUCGCCCUGCAAGAUACUGGGAGCAAUGGGACCAGCGUUGACAUAGCGGACUUAUUCAAAAACAUCACCUCUAUACAUAUAGAGAACUGGACAGGAUUGCAGACUCUGAGAGACGUUGAUAUGGAGCUCUACACUGGACUACAGAAGCUAACUAUCAUGAAUUGUAACCUGAAGUCUAUCCAGCCUCGAGCGUUUGCUCAGAACCCGCACCUAAGCACCAUAAACUUGUCAAAGAAUCCUCUCACCACUCUGUCAUGGCAGCUCUUCCAGCACCUCCAACUCCAAGAGCUGCGUCUGGAUGGUGUGGUGUUCGACUGCGGCUGUGACAUCCGUUGGAUCCAGUUGUGGCAUCAAAGAGGAGAAGCAAAGCUUAACACACAGCAGUUGUACUGCAGGAAUGGAGCCUCCAAGAUACGACUGGAGAACAUGUACAUCCACAACUGUGACUUACCAGAGAUCAGUGUGAGCCACAGCAGUGUUUUGGUGAUGGAGGGUGACAAUGUGACGGUGAGCUGUAACGGAUCCGGAUCACCGCUGCCUGAAGUAGACUGGACCGUCAGCGACCUGCAUUCCAUCAACACACACCUGUCAAACGUAUAUUGGCCCAACAUCCACUCUAUCAACCUCACGCUUUUCAACAUCAGCCGAGAUGACAACAACUUUCAGCUGACCUGCAUCGCAGAGAACGUGGUGGGGAUGACCAAUUCUUCCAUCCAACUCAACGUACAGUUUCCUCCAGUCAUCCUGAGCCUGGCUGAGCCUGAGCAGCGGCUUGAUACCUGCAUUGAAUUCACGGUUCGGGGUUACCCCCAACCCCAGCUGCGCUGGUUCCACAAACAGAAGGAAAUUAUAAAAAAUGACUACAUCCGGACCGAAAUGGGCUUCUACCAGGACUAUCUCGAGGGCUGUCUGACCUUCCAGAACCCAACUCACAUCAACAAUGGCAACUAUACCCUGGAGGCCAGCAACGCUCUGGGAACGGUCACCAAGACGGUGUAUGGUCACUUCCUCGAGAACCCUGAUGAGCCAGACCCGGUGGAAGAAGUUACACCACCACAUUCAGGACCACCAGAUGAAGAUACAUUUGGGGUUUCCAUUGCUGUGGGUUUGGCGGGCUUUGCUUGCGUCCUCCUCCUAGUCCUUUUUGUUCUCAUCAACAAAUACGGCCGGCGCUCCAAAUUCGGUAUGAAAGGACCAGUAGCUGUAAUCAGUGGUGAGGAAGACUCUGCUAGCCCUCUUCACCAUGUCAACCACGGGAUUAUUACCCCCUGUACUCUGGAUGCGGGUCCUGAUGCGGUUGUCAUAGGGAUGACUCGUAUUCCUGUAGUGGAGAACCCUCAGUACUUUAGACAUGGACACAACUGCAACAAGCCAGCCACCCUUGUCCAGCAUAUAAAGCGGAGAGACAUCAUCCUGAAAAGAGAGCUGGGCGAGGGAGCCUUCGGUAAAGUCUUCUUGGCAGAAUGUUACAACCUCAGUCCCACUAAGGACAAGAUGCUGGUGGCCGUUAAGACUCUGAAAGAUCCCAACCUGUCAGCCAGGAAGGACUUCCAGAGAGAGGCCGAGCUGCUGACCAACCUGCAGCAUGACCACAUUGUUAAAUUUUAUGGCGUGUGCGUAGAUGGAGACCCUCUCAUUAUGGUGUUCGAAUACAUGAAACAUGGAGACCUCAACAAAUUCCUCAGAGCCCACGGCCCAGAUGCCAUGAUCCUGGUAGAUGGCCAGCCACUGCAGUCCAACGGAGAGCUGGGCCUUUCCCAGAUGCUGCACAUUGCCACCCAGAUUGCCUCAGGCAUGGUUUACCUGGCCUCCCAGCACUUUGUGCACAGAGAUCUGGCUACCCGCAACUGCCUGGUGGGCAACGGCCUGCUGGUGAAGAUUGGAGACUUCGGCAUGUCCAGGGACAUCUACAGCAGUGACUACUACAGGGUUGGAGGACACACCAUGCUACCUAUUCGCUGGAUGCCCCCAGAGAGCAUCAUGUACAGGAAGUUCUCCACGGAAAGCGAUGUCUGGAGCUUUGGAGUCAUUCUGUGGGAGAUCUUUACCUAUGGGAAGCAGCCUUGGUUUCAGCUGGGUAACAACGAGGUCAUUGAGUGCAUAACCCAGGGUCGGGUUCUGGAGAGGCCACGGAUUUGUCCUAAGGAGGUUUAUGACAUCAUGCUAGGCUGCUGGCAGCGGGAACCACAGCAGCGACUGAACAUUAAGGACAUUCAGAAGGUCCUGUUCGCCAUGGGAAAAGCCACGCCGGUCUACCUGGACAUCCUGGGCUAGCAGCGGCCCAUGAGUGGCCUCGCCAGACGCAAAGAUCGACAGAGACAUACAGACAGAACGACCCACACGGAUCCAGGAAUAACCAAACCAACCUGCUUCACUGUCGAAAAAACACCUGCAUUGUUUGGGAAGGACUUAAGUGCCUGCAACACUUUUGGAUAUAGUGGAUAAAACGUAUUCAAAAAAACACGCACUUUUACAUUUUGUUUACUUGUGUAUAAGAUGUACAGGUUUGAAGAAGACUUUUUUUUUUGUUUUUCCUUGAAAAACUGCAAAAAUACACAAAAAUGGAGACCGAAAGGAAAGUGGACUGGCAGUAGGAAAUGGCCGCAAUUUGAUUAUAUUAUGGAGAGAAGACAGAGUUCAAAUCUAUCCUAGGUUUGGUUUUAUGAAUAUAUAUAGAAAUAUUACAUAUAUUUUAUAUUUAUUUCUUUUUGUCAAGGUGUUGAAGGGUCUGCCAUGUGUGUUGCUAAGGGCUUGGCCCUGUCUGAAGACGCCACCGACAAACUAUUGGCAGGGACUUGACGUUGGAAGCCUUACUUGCACUCUGAUUGGCUGGCUCUGAGCUCAUAAAGGGAGCUCUUUGGAAUAACACUGGAUGGUUGGAAAAUAGCAGCGCUCUGUAGAGGACCUACCCAAUCAGACAACUGACAAAUCUAUUUUAAUUUAAAGAUAAUGUACAUAUUGUAAAAUUCUAUGUGUCAGAAUUAUGUUAACUUAUUUUUUCCGAUGUUACUUUGGUUCCUUUUCUGACUGUGAUCUGGGUGGCUAAAGUAUAAAGCUAUGGUAUUUGUUUUCAUCCUAAUCCAGAGGAGAUUUCCUUGGGAAUUACUCGUGUCAGUGCUGGUUGUCUAAUGUGGUGAAGGUGAAUGCCAGUGAAUACAAUGCGAAAAGCCCACUGACACCGAAUCAAAGAGACUUUGUCGAACGUGGGAUGACUCAGAGCCAUGGUUCAACAUGACACUUUCCAAAGAGGUGAUGAAACCUCGGAUUCACGUUCCUUUUCAUUUGCUUUUUAUGGCAAGAAUUAUAAGUUGGUUAGUAAUAUCUCACGCCUCACCCCUCAAAGACACAUACACACGCUUUGUCAUAUUCAAGCUUUUUGAUGUAAAACUGCUUAAAAAAAACAGCGUUUUUGUAGCUUUGAGUGUAUUCAUCAUUUGUGAGUCGCAGGGUUGUUGUCUUGAAUUAAACAGCCUAUUGUAUGUGUUAAAGGAACGAUUUGACAUUUUGACCAAUAUGAUUGCUUUCUUGCUGAGAGUUAUAACAAAUGCAGCUUUUAUAUCUUAUUUUUUAAUAUGAGGCUACAGGUUUCAGGACAUGGUCAGCUCAGCUUAGUAUAAAAAUGUAUCAGCUGGUUAAGCUUUUUUUUUUUUUAAGCUCGUUGAAAAGCACAUUGACAUUUUAACUAACACAUAUAUUUAUCCUGAUAGAGCUUAUAUGUAGCCUUGUGAAUAAUAAGUAUUGUUUUAACUUAAAAAUAAUUAUAUAAAAAGCUUUUUCUUUUAAAUCGAAUAUUAUUUAUUCAGUUUCUGUCCUGCUCUGAAUUUUAUUGUUAGCCCUAUUUCAGAUUUUUUUUAUUCAAUCAUGAAAUUGUAAUGGAAAACCUACCAAGUAAUUUUUAUGCCCCAAUUUAAGCCGAAUAUACCCAGAACUGCUACUGAUUUACUAGAGUGAGUAGCCAAUUAGAAACGAUUAAAACAGUGAACCCCAAACGUCAGACCACUAACACUCAGAUUAAAACGUUAAAAUCUUAUGCAGUCAAUGUAAAACUUUAAUCACAUCUCUGGUCAUUACACAAGUAGAACAUUCAACAUUUCUUUUCCAUUUUCAUGGAUAACUUUUGAUGUUUGUUGAACUUCAUUCUCCAUAAACAGCUUUAUUUUCAAAAUUAAGUUCUUUCAACUAAUAAGAUAUAAGAAGCAUUCAGGAUUAGAAAGAGGUCAGAAAUGAAGAAUAAUAGCAAACACAAGUAACAAAAAAAAAA